GUAACACAAAGGGGGAUCAUGAAGGAGUGGUGUCUUUAUGUGCUGCUCUGUGCAGCUCCAUAUUCAACCAAAGGUGCUGCUUGGAGGACAUUUUCGAUCAUUGUGACCUUGCUAGCAACGUGUCUUUUAUGCAUGAAUGGAUACCUUGUAUUCCGCAAUCGGUCGUUGUCCAGGAAACUCAAAUCACAAACAUCUGAACAUCAUCAUAUUACAAAAAAUGCGACAGCAAACGGAAGCAACGGCAGAACUGUUUUCGACCGAAUUCCUAGACCACCCGCAGUAGAUCCAUCCCCUGACUUUAGUGGUGGUUAUGUGGUUUAUGAUUAUGCUGUGCCGACGACUGGGUACAAUAAUCUUCGCCGAGAUAAUCGGGAUAAACGUUUAGCUGAACCAUAUACUGAACUUGCAGGGAAUAUCUUGCCGGUGACUGCAGCCGAUGGUUCUGUUGCCUAUAAUUACAUUACACUUAAUGAUGAUACCCAGGUCCAGUUUAGCAAACUCAGUGCUCAUGAUGAGUGUAUCAUAUAUUGAUAUGCCAUUAGCAAAAUUGUAACACCGUAAUAAUAGGCAAUCAUCCAAUUGCGUAGAAUGAAAGAUAAUGCGUACAUUUCGCAAA